UCUCUGUGUCUAGGAUGAGAGCCUCUUGCCACCUCAGCCACCUUCCUGACGGUGGGUUUUGGGCCCCAGACAUGCGGUGAUCUCAAAGCAAGGGCUGCCACCACCAUCUGGAACCUGCCAGCAAUGAACGCCCAUUCCAAGGAGAUGGUACCCCUCAUGGGCAGAAGAGCCACUGCACCCUGCGGGAACCCUGUUGUGCUGACAGAGAAGAGGCCAGCAGAUCUCACCCCCACCAAGAAGAGUGCACACUUCUUCCUGGAGAUAGAAGGCUUUGAGCCCAACCCCACAGUCACCAAGACAUCUCCUCCCAUCUUUUCCAAGCCAAUGGACUCCAACAUCCGGCAGUGCCUCUCUGGCAACUGUGAUGACAUGGACUCCCCUCAGUCUCCUCAGGAUGAUGCGACAGAGACCCCAUCCAAUCCCAACAGUCCAAGCCUCAGUGCAAACCUGGCCAAGGAAGAGCAGAGGCAGAAGAAGAAGCGGCUGAAGAAGCGCAUCUUUGCCGCUGUGUCUGAGGGCUGCGUGGGAGAGCUGCGGGAACUCCUGCAAGAGCUGCAGGAUCUCUGCAGACGCCGCCGUGGCCUGGACGUGCCUGACUUCCUCAUGCACAAGCUGACAGCCUCAGACACCGGGAAGACCUGUCUGAUGAAAGCUUUGCUCAACAUCAAUCCCAACACCAAAGAGAUCGUGCGGCUUCUGCUCACCUUCGCCGAGGAGAAUGACAUCCUGGACAGGUUCAUCAAUGCGGAGUACACAGAAGAGGCUUAUGAAGGACAGACGGCACUGAACAUCGCCAUCGAGCGGCGCCAGGGGGACAUCACAGCAGUGCUCAUAGCAGCAGGCGCUGACGUCAACGCUCACGCCAAGGGGGUCUUCUUCAACCCCAAAUACCAGCACGAAGGCUUCUAUUUUGGUGAGACGCCCCUGGCCUUGGCAGCAUGCACCAACCAGCCCGAGAUUGUGCAGCUGCUGAUGGAGAAUGCGCAGACUGACAUCAGCUCCCAGGACUCUCGGGGAAACAACAUCCUGCACGCGCUGGUGACGGUGGCCGAAGACUUCAAGACGCAGAAUGACUUUGUUAAGCGCAUGUAUGACAUGAUCCUGCUGAGGAGUGGCAACUGGGCGCUGGAGACCAUGCGCAACAAUGACGGCCUCACCCCACUGCAGCUGGCUGCUAAGAUGGGCAAGGCUGAGAUUCUGAAGUAUAUUCUCAGUCGUGAGAUCAAGGAGAAGCCUCUCCGGAGCCUGUCCAGGAAGUUCACGGACUGGGCAUACGGGCCUGUGUCGUCCUCGCUCUAUGACCUCACCAACGUAGACACCACGACAGAUAACUCCGUGCUGGAAAUCAUUGUCUACAACACCAACAUUGAUAACCGGCAUGAGAUGCUGACCCUGGAGCCUCUGCACACGCUGCUGCAUAUGAAAUGGAAGAAGUUUGCCAAGUACAUGUUCUUCCUGUCCUUCUGUUUUUAUUUCUUCUACAACAUCACCCUGACACUCGUCUCUUACUACCGUCCUCGGGAGGAUGAGGCCCUCCCACACCCCUUGGCCCUGACACACAAGAUGAGUUGGCUGCAACUCCUAGGGAGAAUGUUUGUUCUCAUCUGGGCCAUGUGUAUCUCUGUGAAAGAGGGCAUUGCCAUUUUCCUGCUGAGACCCUCUGACCUGCAGUCCAUCCUGUCGGAUGCCUGGUUUCAUUUUGUCUUUUUUGUCCAAGCUGUGCUUGUGAUACUGUCUGUCUUCUUGUACUUGUUUGCCUACAAAGAAUACCUCGCCUGCCUCGUGCUGGCCAUGGCCCUGGGCUGGGCGAACAUGCUCUACUACACGAGAGGCUUCCAGUCCAUGGGCAUGUACAGUGUCAUGAUCCAGAAGGUCAUUUUGCACGAUGUUCUGAAAUUCUUGUUUGUUUACAUCCUGUUCUUACUUGGAUUUGGAGUAGCGCUGGCCUCGCUGAUCGAGAAGUGCUCCGAGGACAACAAGGACUGCAGCUCCUACGGCAGCUUCAGCGAGGCAGUGCUGGAGCUCUUCAAGCUCACCAUAGGCCUGGGUGACCUGAACAUUCAGCAGAACUCCACCUACCCCAUCCUCUUCCUCUUCCUCCUCAUCACCUACGUCAUCCUCACCUUUGUCCUCCUCCUCAACAUGCUCAUCGCCCUGAUGGGGGAGACGGUGGAGAAUGUCUCCAAAGAGAGCGAGCGGAUCUGGCGCCUGCAGAGAGCCAGGACCAUCUUGGAGUUUGAGAAAAUGUUACCGGAGUGGCUGAGAAGCAGAUUCCGAAUGGGCGAGCUGUGCAGAGUAGCAGACGAGGACCUCCGGCUGUGUCUGCGGAUCAACGAGGUGAAGUGGACUGAAUGGAAAACACACGUGUCCUUCCUUAACGAAGAUCCAGGACCCAUAAGACGAACAGCAGAUGUGAACAAAAUCCAAGAUUCUUCCAGGAGCAACAGCAAAACCACCCUCUACGCGUUUGAUGAAUUAGAUGAGUUUCCAGAAACGUCAGUGUAGAAGCAUGGCAUACAGCUGAUGUGAACACCAUGGUCUGACGCUGCGGGCUGAGUCCUGGGGCUGAGGUGCUGCACAGGGUGCUGAAUUAGAAGCAAAAUGCUCCUACUAUCGACUGAUGGCUGCUGCAGGGCAGCGUUCAGGGUGUGAAAGGAAAGCGUCUUGGGUUUUGUGACUUGAGAGAGGUCAGUACAAAUCCAUGGCCAGCAUCCUGAGCCCAGAAGACUCCUGACGUUCAGGGUGAGACACUGCAAGUUGUCUUGGCUCCAAGAUACAUGUGCUGGGGUAGAGUAGUGGGGUCUGAGGAGCUGGGAGAUCAGUCUUCCCCUCUGCUGUGGUCCUGUUGUUGGGGCCAGAUUCAGCUAGUCUCCUCCUUUACCUCUCUGACUUCACGAACAGAAGUCCGUGUUUGAAGGGCAGCCAUUGGCUUUGGGGAGCUGGGAUGCCAGCUUUACCUUGGGUUGGAAGUUGGUAGAUCAAACCAUAUAGCUCUGAAUUUGUGAGAGACAUUUGAUCCUAUCCCAGAAUGUGCAGAGGACCAUCCUAAGGUGGAUCUGCUGGGGAAGGAGGGUAUGGAGCUAUGGAAAUGCCCCUCUUGAGUCCCCAGGAAACAGGACUCCAUCCUUGGCAAAAUCCAAGGCUAAACCUAUCUCUAGCUGAGAGAUGCUUUAAUAGUGUAAUUGAUACAAGGUUUUUAGUUUUAGUUCAGAAAAGCCAUUUCAGCUUUGAAUGAAAAUUACUUCAGAUGAAGUGGGAGGCUUCAAAAGCUGAGAAAUAGAUUUUGGGCUUUUGAACUGAAGUAAGUAUUAUAUACUAGGGUCUCAGAGUGACCAGGGUCAGGACAAUAAACAUUUCCUCACACACAUGGAGCCUGUGGGACUGAGGGAUGGAAGGCAGGUGAAGUUAGGCAGAUAUUUCUAACUAGCUGGCCCUCAGGCUGUGAUCUGGAGGGAGGGUUUGGCACCCAUCCUUUUCCAGUCUCACCCGGUGUUGGCCUCAUUUAUCUGAGACAGAAAUAGCAGCUGAUCUAUUUAGGAUCUUAAAACGCAGAGGUGACUAGUACACACCAGCAUUUCCUGUUGGGGAAUUCAGCAAGAUGCCUGAAAUGCACUGCUGUCCUACGUUUUUUGUUAACUGUGAAUUUUGAAACUGUAGCAGAAAGCUUUGAGGAGAGAAUGCCAAACUUGGGGCUCAUUUUCAUCCUCAGCCUCAGAUUUAUUUUUUCUCCUUAAAAUUUCAGAGUCUGUACAGGGAGGUGGAGAUUGGAUUUUUCCAGUGACUAGAACCCUAUUACCCCCCCCCCCAACAACCCACAAUUUACUGUUAUUUAGUAAAAGAACUCAUGUGGAAAAGUUUGAGAUGGAAUUAUAGAUCAUUAUGAAGAUACUUUUAAUGUUAAAUGGGUCAGAAAUAAGUUGGGUCUUUAGAAAACUUGGCAUUUAGUGAGCUAGUCAGAUGAGACCAGGCAAAGCAGUUUCUCCAUCAAGAAGGUUCCGUGUACCAGCUUAGCUGGGCAGGUGAAAAGUUGGCCAUCCCAUCCUGCAUGGCCAGGCGGGGGAGGGAUGGUGGUACAGCACUGAAGACAGCCCAGUGUGCAGCAGCCACUGCCUGCCCAACUUUCUGGGGUCUCUGGUGCUCAAAGAUCAUACUCAAGUAGAGGAAGGUGUCAACACGUGUGUCUGGAACAGGGAGGAUCUGGUGGGGGACGCCAUGGGCAGAAGGAGAAGAUGUGCUCCGGAUGGGCAGAAGUAGUGAGAGAACUAGACUGAGCAUUUGGUUCAGUUCAGUAGAUAGCUGCUUCGGCUUUUGGAGGUAUUCAAGAAAUGGGCUGAAGAAUGCAAUUAGGUGAAUUUUAAGGUUCCUAGACAUUCUGUAAACCAGUAUUCCAUAGCUGGAGUCUCCUUGAGUUAUCCUGAACAGAAGUCCAAGUUUGAAGGGCAGCCACUGGCUCCAGGAAGCUGGGACGCCAGCUUUACUUUGGCUUGGAAGUUGGUAGCUCAAACCACAUAGCUCUGCAUUUCCCCCUUGGAUGGAAGGUAGGCGAAGUUGGGCAGAUAGCUGGACCUUUGUCUUCUCAUGUGUUGUGGAGAUCUGCUUUCUGAGAAUCUGGAUGGCAUUUGUUGGCAAAACCAUUUCUAAACUGCAUGUAAGUGUGGGAUUCCCCAAAGGUCAAGCUAAGAGGGUUCACCAAAGCAAGAAAAGGCAGCAGGACAAAAUUCAUCCUGCUCAAAAGGACCAAAUCCCCCAUUAUUCACCAGGAGACUCAGGCAGGUAAGGCUAGGAUGUCCUGAUUUCUGGGCCACAGGUGCCCUUUUGCACAAUUUUUUUCAUUGGGGCUUUUUGUAAUUGGCACAUUCAGGGGCUAGGGUUUUUUUUUUUUUUUUUCUCUCUCUCUCCUGUUAUGACUUGGAAGUUAGCAUUGUCCUUACAACCCCAAUGACAAGUCUAAAGGUCAAAUGUGCCUAAAGCCACACAAUAACAAAACUAAACAAAACUACAACACACCACUGACUCCAUAGGCCUAUCAGGACAUCUUGAAACUCCAUGAGUUACAUUUCAGUAAUUUAGGGAGAAGAGGUUUUUCAGGGAUGGGAUUGAGCAUCCUCAGACAGUGACCGCAAACCCUGUGUUAGCUAAACAUUUCCCCAGGAAGAGUUCUGUAUGCUAGACAGGUCACGUGUCUGGAGUAACACAGGUGCUUCUGUUCCUUCCUGGUGUGGGGAGGAGGAGAGAAAAGUUGUACUGUGAAGUCGCUGAGCUCUUAGGCACCUGCCCAAGAGAGUACAGUAUUAUUGAGGUUUCUGUCCUUCCUCAGGGCCUGGUGACUGUCCCCUUCUGCUCUGGGUAGGGCUCAGGGAGACAGGCCCUCACCAGAGUCUAUAAGCCAUACUUGAUUUACAUGUUUUAAAUAUCUUAUUUUAUAUUUACUGUGAUCUUGGUUCCAGACACAGAAUUUUCAUCUUAUUCUCAGUGGAUGAGGCUGAUCCUUGUAAAACUUAAUUUAUAGAUUUUUUUUAGCGUUGUAUAUGUGUAACUACAUGUUCAAGAAAUCAUAAAGAGUAAGACUACUUUGGUCUCAUUGAAGAGAUACUGUUUUGAUUUCUAAUAAAUAUUUAUUUUGUCAUGUUAUGGCCAUGUUUCUGCCUUUGCCUUGCAUGAACGAUGAAGACCAGCUAUGAAUCCUAGAGUGUGUAUUAACAGGAAUGGGUAACAGAAAGGCUAAUGUUUGGAUCUAAAGCAUUCCUCCUGGCCCCUGGUCAGUGGGGAGCCAGUAAGCAUGUCACCUUCAUGCCCUGUCUACAUGUCAAAGUGCAGACACAUCUGGAAUCCUAUUUGAGGUAUUUGAAAACUUUGUUUUAUUUUUAAAAACAGAUUUUGGGGCAGGAGAGAUGGCUCAGCUGUUAAGAGCACUGGCUGCUCUUCCAGAGAACCUGGGUUCAAUUCCCAGCACCCACAUGGCAGCUCACAUUUGCCUGUACCUCCAAUUUCAGGGUAUCUGACACCUUCUCACAA